CUCUGAGAACAAAAUCUCACUGUUUUCUUUUGAUACCCGAAAAUGCGACCUCAAACCAGAAAAACUAGUUUCCCAAGAGUUGUUAUUGAGAGAGAAUCAGAUUCUGAAGAAAGUUCAUCAUCAGAUGAAGAAGAAGAAGUUCUAGAGGAUGAAAAUGUUGGAAACCUCGUUGGAGAAGAAGAUGAAGAAAUGGAUGAAGAAGCCAUUGAUGAAGGUGAUGAUGAUAUCAAUAAAAAGAAGAUGAAAGGAAAAGCCCCCAUCACUAUUAGUCUCAAAAAAGUUUGUAAAGUAUGUAAAAAGAUUGGACAUGAAGCUGGUUUUAGAGGUGCUACAUACAUUGAUUGUCCCAUGAAACCUUGUUUUCUCUGUAAAAUGCCUGGUCAUACUACAAUGAAUUGUCCUCAUAGAGUAGCAACAGAGAAUGGGGUUAUCCCGUUACGUGGGAGUACGAGUAGUUCAUUGGAUUAUGUCUUUGGGCGGCAGAUUAGAAGCAACAUUCCCAAGAUAAAACCGGCAUUUGUGAUUCCGGAUCAAGUGGAUUGUGGAGUUAUCAGAUAUCACAGUAGACGUAUAACAUGUUUGGAGUUCCAUCCGACUAACAAUAACAUUCUCCUAUCAGGAGAUAAGAAAGGGCAAUUGGGAGUUUGGGAUUUUCAAAAGAUACAUGAGAAGACGGUUUACGGAAAUAUACAUUCGUGUAUCCUUAACAACAUGAAGUUUAACCCUGCAAAUGAUGGAACGAUAUAUGGAGCAUCAUCAGACGGGACUGUCAGUUGCAUCGACUUGGAGACUGGGUUGUCUUCUCAGUUGAUGGACCUUAACCCUAAUGGAUGGCAGGGCCCAAAUAAUUGGAGAAUGCUGUAUGGGAUGGACGUCAACUCAGACAAAGGACUAGUAGUUGUUGCUGAUAACCAUGGAAUUCUUUACUAUGUGGAUAUGAGGUCAAACAGCAAAAUGGAGAAAUCUGUUUUGAUCCAUAAAAAGGGUACCAAAGUCGUGGGACUUCAUUGUAAUCCCCUCCAGCCUGAGCUUCUUCUAAGUUGUGGAAAUGAUCACUUUGCUCGUAUUUGGGAUAUGCGUCGACUGGAAGCUGAAUCCUCCCUUGCAAGUCUUCCGCAUCGCAGUGUUGUGAACUCUGCAUAUUUCUCACCGGUUUCUGGCAGUAAAAUUCUUACUACGUCGAUUGACAACCGUCUUCGUGUAUGGGAUUGUGUCUUUGCAAAUUUGGAUAUCCCAAGCAGAGAGAUAGUACACAGCCACAGUUUCAACCGGUAUUUGACUCCUUUUAGAGCUGAAUGGGACCCAAAGGACCCUUCGGAGUCCCUUGCAGUUAUUGGCCGCUAUAUAAGUGAGAACUUCAAUGAUGUAGCUUUGCAUCCCAUCGAUUUCAUUGACACUAGUACGGGACAGUUGGUUGCCGAGGUGAUUGAUCCGAACAUCACCACCAUUAGUUCUGUAAACAAGUUACAUCCUCGAGAUGAUGUCAUGGCAACUGGGAGUUCAAGGUCUAUUUUCAUUUGGAGGCCCAAGGAGAAAACUGAGCACAUUCAAGAGAAGGAUGAGAAUAGAUUAGUUCUCUGCGGAGAUGCUGGAAAGAAGUCUAAGAAGGGGAAAGGUGGUAAAAGUGACGACGAUGAGUCUGAUGAUGACAAGUAUAACUCCAAAGGAAAGAACUCGAAAUCCAAGAACGUAAAACCCAGAUCGAAGAAUCUGACUACCAAGGUAUUACCCAAAAAGGCUCGGCGGUAAUUAUUCCCAUGGAUGGGACUUGGGGGUGAUAUGGUUUUGUAGAAUGUACAGUAGUCAGUUUUAUUUUGUAAUUUUUGCCCUGCGGUUGACAGUUUUUUCCUGCAUCUAAGUGUUGGCCACUGGUAUUUCUGGUAACGUGGCUUGUAUUUUGCUAGUAUUAUGGUCGCAAGUCAUGUUGUGUUCUUUUUUGUAUGGCUGUAUAGUACCCAAAACUGUGCUAACUGCCAACGUGAACGGAUUUUGGUAUAUAGCAUAUUUUGACUCAA